GCGCCAUCUAGCGGCUCGUUUGCGCGCGUUUAUUCAAAAUGGCGGCGCCCACGGAGAAUCCUGUUGCUGGUGUUUGUGAGAGAAAAACACAAUCUAAUCUUCAGAUAUCAGAAAACAUGACUGAUGAAGGACGCAGUGUUCGUGUGGAAAAGAACGAAAGUCACUUAGCGAAUACUUUCCAGAUGUGUACGGACUUCAUUGACGAACAUAUUCGGCUUUUUCGGACCAGCAUAUCGGUUACUGCUGCAAUAGGCUUGCUGGUCAUCGCCCGCAGCAUUCGAGUGUAUCAGCGAUUCCGAAGAGUGUCGGACAUCCCAGAGGAGUUUAUCAGUAAAAACAUGAAGCUGUACGGUCGCUUUGUGGCGUUGCGGAAAGAACCAGUCCACGUUAUUGUGCAGCAUACGCCAAUUGUAAACUUCGAGUGGCGACAGAAACGAGAAAGUGAUUCCGGCAGCGGGUUGCCGGUACAUCUCGCUGGCCUGGAGCUUCAGGAAGGAAGCUUGGAGUAUCUCCAAGACAGACUUGGCACUCAACCCUCGCUACGGUUCCACAUGCUGUGUGUGAACGAAGCGAACGGACUCGACUGCAUUGUAGAUCUCGUGAAAUGGAAGUUGCCUUUUAGAAGGACUUCCUUGAACGAAGAGCUCCUAAGGCAGGGCUUGGCCAAGGUAUCCCCCCUCGGUGGCCUACGGGACCAUAAAUUGCAGACGAGGCUGACCCAGAGACUCCUCGCAGCCGAGCUGCGCGCCGAGAAGAAGUCGCGAGGGGUGUGGACUCGGGAGCGCGAGCCGACAAAGCUGGACGUUGCCAGGGCGGGACUCGUUAAAGUCAGGGAUGGUCUGACAUCGGGCGUGGCAGUCUUGGUAAAAGUGGUGACGCUGCCUUGGAGAGGUUUGAGCAAUCUGCGAGAUUUCCUGAGGAGAAAAAGCGAUGGGGAAAGCUGAUGAACAUUGAGCUCCAAAUUCAUCAUUCGCCCCAUGACGGAUUAACUGAACAAUAGCCGACACAAUGCUUUCGCCAUUGAGAGGGGCCUUCGGUAGUGUUCCCUGAUAUGAUGCUCGGAAUGGUCUUUAAAGAUAACGCUGGUGUUAAAGUUAACACCGCUUCUUUUGCAGUGCAACUCUCUUUUGUAAUGUUGAUAUUAACAAAUGCCGUAGCUGCUUAAAGGGCUCUAAUUGCAAUAUAAUUGUUUUAUUAAAUGAAAUCUGAAAAAUGCUUUUUUGUGUCCACUUUAGUUUCAUUUGCAAUAUUUUAAUUGUAUGAGACUUAAAGGUUUGCAUGGUGGACAUGAUCAGUGAAUGGGAGGUUUUGCGGUUACACCAUGUGAGUGAUAUCUCUUAGUGAGUUGUGUGGUUCUGAGAAGAACCAGUUGGUUCAAUUCGACGUUUUGAACAGUAUGCUCUGUUCAUCAUCAGGAGACUGUCUGGAUCCGCUCUACACACGCCCACAGUGCCUUAAACCAGCAAAUGUUGAGCAUCUCUAUGAGCUGGCAGGCAUCGAUGAACCAACUCAAAGACCGGGCAGCUGCAGUAGAACGUUUCAAGGCCCCCUGAUACAGACCUCCGACACCCCUUGCACAAUCAUCAGCAUGCCAAAAAGCACCCGAAGAGUCGGCAUAGCUUCAUGGAACUAGAGCCAUUUGUACCAUUAACGAAAACCAAACAACAAAUGGCACCAGGACACCAUCUAGGAGAGCCUUAAACCGCCUUUGCACUGGUGUAGGACGUUGCAAAUCCAACCUCAAGAAGUGGGGCUUCUCAGAUUCUGACAAAUGCUUCUGUGGAGAAGUCCAGACAAUGUCCCAUCUGCUGACAUGUGGUGGAGAUACAUGCACCGUUGAUGACCUCGCGAGGGCAGUGAUGUGGCAACAGCUGUGGCAAAGCGAUGGCAGAACCUCGUCUGACACACGAGCAAGCAAGCAAGGAGACUGUAGGGAUUUCUUUGUUUUAAUUUUAGGUUUUUCGAUCAUGCACCUUUCCAUAUCCAUGAGCAAAAACAGUGGCAGAAGUCUCAGUGUUAUGGCUAAUUGAGCAAAAAAAGGAGUCGGAUUGUUUU